AUCCCAAUGUUGUUAAAUUCUUUGGGAUGUUCUACAAGAAGGAUGUCAAGACUGGAGACCAGCUAUGGCUAGUGCUAGAGCUGUGCAACGGAGGCUCUGUUACAGAUCUGGCUAAAGGUAUGCUAAAAAGAGGAGAUCGCAUGGAGGAAGCCAUCAUAGCCUUUAUUCUACACGAAGCUCUCAUGGGCCUUCAGCAUUUGCACGUCAAUAAGACCAUCCAUCGAGAUGUCAAGGGCAACAAUAUCCUGCUCACCACAGGGGGAGGAAUAAAGCUGGUUGACUUUGGGGUUUCAGCCCAGCUCACAAACACCCGACUAAGGAGGAACACUUCUGUGGGAACGCCCUUCUGGAUGGCUCCUGAGGUCAUCGCAUGUGAGCAGCAGCUGGACUCCACAUAUGAUGAGCGCUGUGAUGUUUGGUCUUUGGGAAUCACAGCGAUAGAGCUGGGGGAUGGAGACCCGCCUCUUGCCGAACUUCAUCCAAUGAGAGCUCUCUUCAAAAUCCCAAGAAAUCCUCCACCCACUCUACACCAGCCAGAGCUCUGGUCAAACGACUUUAACGAUUUCAUACACAAGUGUCUGAUAAAGGAUUUUGAGCUCAGGCCCAAUGUGCUUGACCUUCUUCAGCAUGUCUUCAUCAAACAGAUUGUGGGCCGAGAGAAGACGCUGCAGAAGCAGCUGAUGGAGCUCAUCGACCUCAACCAGCAAAUGGGCGUCAUUGAGAAAACAAGGCAUGAGCGUAUCCACACCAAAAAAAACAGCUACAUGAAGUCUCAAAGUCAAACGUGUGAUGACGCUGAUGAUCUGGCAACCCUAGAGGUUCUAGAUGAAAACACAAUCACUGAACAGCUACAGAGACGUUACACAAAGGAGCAGAUCUACACCUACGUCGGAGACAUCCUUAUAGCGGUCAAUCCAUUUCACAAAACUGAGUUAUACACACCUGAGCAUACUAAGAGUUAUGUUGGCACCAAACGAACAUCAAACCCUCCACAUAUAUACGCAGUGGCAGACAUUGCGUAUCAGUCCAUGGUCUCCUAUAAUGCAGAUCAGUGUAUUGUUAUCAGUGGAGAGAGCGGCGCUGGGAAAACAGAGAGUGCUCACCUGCUAGUCCAACAGCUGACCGUCCUUGGAAAGGCCAACAAUCGGACCCUCCAGGAGAAGAUUUUGCUGGUCAACAGUUUGGUGGAGGCGUUUGGAAAUGCCUGCACUGUGAUCAAUGAUAACUCCAGUCGCUUUGGCAAGUAUCUGGAGAUGAAGUUCACCUGUGGUGGGACAGUAGUGGGAGCUCAGAUCUCUGAUUAUCUGCUGGAGAAGUCUCGAGUUGUACAUCAUGCAGUAGGGGAACGUAACUUCCACAUCUUCUAUUACAUCUACGCCGGACUGGCAGAAAGGAAGAAACUCGGCCAUUACAAGCUGUCAGACAGCAAAACUCCAAGGUAUCUCCACAAUGAGAAUGUUAAAUUAGUGCCUGACAUUGUGGGCAAUGCCUUCUAUAAGGAGCAGUUUGAGACUGUGGAGCAGUGCUUCAAAGUCAUCGGCUUCACCCUAGAGGAGCUGGGGAGUGUUUACGGUAUCUUAGCUGGGAUCCUGAAUGCAGGAGAUGUCGAGUUCACGUCAGUGGCUUCAGAACAUCAGACGGACAAAAGCAACAUUUCCAACAUGGCAGUACUAGAAAGCGCUGCGUCGCUGCUGUGUAUCCGUGCAGAUGAGCUACAGGAGGCUCUGACCUCUCACUGUGUGGUCACUCGGGGCGAAACCAUCGUAAGGUCAAACACAGUGGAGAAGGCUACAGAGGUGCGGGAUGCUAUGGGUAAAGCACUGUAUGGACGCCUGUUCAGCUGGAUCGUCAACCGCAUCAACUCUCUGCUCAAACCAGACAACCAAUCAGGGGAGGAUGACAAGGGUCUGAACAUCGGCAUCCUGGAUAUCUUCGGCUUUGAAAACUUUAAGAGGAACUCUUUCGAGCAGCUCUGCAUCAACAUCGCCAACGAGCAGAUCCAGUUCUACUUCAACCAGCACAUCUUCGCCUGGGAGCAGGAUGAGUAUCUGAACGAAGAUGUGGACGCUCGAGUGAUUGAAUACGAAGACAACCGGCCGCUGCUGGAUCUGUUCCUUCAGAAGCCCAUGGGCAUGUUAUCGCUCCUGGAUGAGGAGAGUCGCUUUCCUCAAGCAACUGAUCAGACCCUCGUCGAGAAAUUUGAGGAUAACUUAAAGUCCAAAAACUUCUGGAGACCAAAGAGGGUUGACCUGGGCUUUGGAAUCCAUCACUAUGCAGGCAAGGUGAUCUAUAAUGCCAGCGGCUUCCUGGCUAAGAACAGAGAUGCUCUGCCUGCUGAUAUUGUUCUUCUGCUGAGGUCGUCAGAGAACGAACUGACCCGUAAACUGGUUACGCACCCGCUCACUAAAACAGGUAAUUUGGCUCACACUAAAGGCAAAGCUGUGGGCUCUGCUCGAAUGGGCACACAACAAUCACAGCGCUUUGCCAAGACGGAGAGCACUGGAGACACCACACAUCACCCCAGAGAGACCACCAACAUGAAGACUCAAACUGUAGCGUCAUACUUCAGAUAUUCUCUAAUGGACCUGUUAUCAAAGAUGGUGGCCGGUCAGCCUCAUUUUGUUCGAUGCAUAAAACCCAACAAUGAUCGUCAAGCCCACAAGUUUGACAGGGAAAAGGUUCUGAUCCAACUACGCUACACUGGUAUUCUAGAGACGGCCAAGAUCCGCAGACAAGGCUACUCUCAUCGCAUUCUCUUCAACAACUUCAUCGAAAGGUACUCCAUAUUAGCAUUUAGAGCUAAUGAAGAGCCAGCAAUCAGUCCUGAGACGUGUGCUGUUAUUUUAGAGAAGGCCAAACUAGAGAACUGGAUUUUGGGGAAGACAAGGUUUGUCUUUCUGAAAUAUUAUCACGUGGAACAGCUGAAUCUGAUGGUCAGGCAGACCACAGACCGGAUUGUUCUAGUUCAGGCGUAUGUACGGGGCUGGAUGGCAUUCAAGCGAUACUGUUUGAUGAAGGAAAAGAGAGAACAAAGUGCUGUGGUGUUACAGUCAGCUUACAGAGGACACAAGGCUCGGAAAAGUUUGGCUGAUGACAGAAGCAAAGCAAAGUCUGAAAUAGUUUUCACCCAACUUCAAGCUUGGUGCAGAGGAUAUUUGGCAAGGCAGAAUUACAAGGAGCUACUAGAUGAGAAGAACAAAGCUGCCGCAAAGAUCCAGGCCCAUUACAGGGGACAAAAAGAGAGGAAGAGUUUCAAGAGGAAAAAGGAAGCCAUGCUGAAGGAAAACACUGAGAAGACAGAAGGAGUCACGGAGGUCCCUUUAGAAUCAGACGAUCCUGUUUCAGAGGAACCACCACAGGAAGGAGGUGAAGUGGAAAUGGAUGAUGCUGAUGAAAAGGCAGCUGUGGUCCUCCAGAGCAACUACCGAGGUUACAGAGAAAGGAAGAAAUUCAAGGAGCGUCGGGAACAGAAUAAGACCUUGACCGGAGACGAGCUGGAUGCUUCAUCAUCCACCCCUGAAGAAAUGACUUCUGGAGAAGAUCUGGAAGCUACACAAGAGGACACGCAGGAGAGUGUUGAGGAAGAGAGGAAGGAGGCUGAGGAAAGUGGAGGAGAUGAAGACCCUGAACAGGAAGCCAAGGCAGCCACUGUUCUCCAGAGCAACUUCAGAGGUCAUAAGGAACGUAAAAGACUCCAAGAGGAAGGAAAGAUACCAGUUAGAGGAAAGAAGGAGAUUAAAAGUCCUACAGAUGAGGAGGAGCUUCCUAUUCCAGAUCCACCGCCUCCUGAAGAACUGAUGGAGUUUACAGAGGAAAUGGAAUUUACUGAAGUAAGUCCAUCAGGAGAGGAAGAUGAGGCCAAAGCUGCUGUGGUCCUUCAGAGCAACUUCCGUGGCCACAAAGAAAGGAAAAGACUCCAGGAGGAAGGAAAAAUCCCAAAGAAAAAGACUAAAGAGGAUGUGGACGAUCCAGGAGCUUCAGAACCAGACAUCGCCAUCGAAGAGCUUCCACCGCCUCCUUUAGAACUUGAUCAAGAGCUAGACUCUAGUCCAUCAGGGGGAGAUGAAGAACACGCUGCCACUGUUUUACAAAGCAAUUUCAGAGGACACCGGGAGAGAAAGAGACUGAGAGCUGAGAAAGAAGAAGCCACAGGAGGAGGCCAAAGCACAGGAGACAUGGAGGAGCAGGAGAACAAAGACAUUCUAGACAUUACAGAUGUUCAGCUGGAACGGAGGGAGGAAGAGGAGGAAGGACAGUACGAUGAGGAGCAGGCAGCCAUUAAAAUCCAGAGCAAUUUUAGAGGCUAUAAAGACCGAAAGAACCUGAAAGCUACAUCGCAAAAACAAGAUGAGGAAGUGGAGUCACUCUUCAAACAGGUAACCAAGGCCUCUGAAGACUACCUUUCCCUUCAGAAGAAGUUAAAUGAAAUCAUCCUCGCCCAUCAGCUUAACCCCAGCAAAAAUGGCAUGUUUGUGAAAGGACAACCCAUGAAUGGUUACAUGGGCUACUAUCAGCCACCAGCUGACACAAAGCAGUCACGAACACCCCGCCGCACACAACAACCCAAGACCCUGAACACGCCGGAGGACUCCACAUACUACACACUUAUUCAUAGGUCUGUCCAGGACGAUAAAAGGAGGCCACGGAAACAAAGCCCAAAAAAGUUGGACAAUGAUGACCAAUACUACCAGGGUUUGUCCAGCAGUAAAUCCACCAGCCUUCCCAAUGAAAGGCGCCGAUCGAGCAAGCGAAGGGCUUCUGAUGAAAGACGCUCCUCUGAAAGACCCCUCUCUGAUGUCCCCAAAUCUGAAAUCCCCAAAGACCCAAAGGAGAAGAGGCACUCAUUUUCUAAAAUGCCCUCUACAGAGAGUCAAAGCGAGGACAACCCCUACGACUACAGGAAGAUACUGAGGAAGACCUCCCAGAGACGAAGGCUAAUAACACAGCCAUAACCCUGAACAUCAUCUUCUUUAAAGACUUGUGUAAAUAUGUCAUUCCACACCCAUAAGACUGUCAUUCUUGCAUGGAACACAAAAGAAAACAUUUAGAAUAAUGCACCUGCUGCUCUUUUCCAUGUCAUUUCAAGCAUUAAGAAUGGAAGCUUUUGCUCUUCAAAAAGAACUCAGACUGUGUUUGGUUCAUCAAAGAUUCAUUCUUUUGAAUCAGAUGAGAUGAUUCGUUCCCAAAUCGAACUGAUCCAGCCGCAGCUCCCUAAAGGGGAAGAUUAUCAUUUUGGAGUUAUCUGUAUUUUUUUAAGUAGUACACAGGCUUUCUGUUCACUUACCAUUACCAUUUUGGUUUGUUUUCCCAAAGAACCUUUGCAAUAUUAAACAAAAACUGUAACACUUUACUUGAAGGGGUGUUCAUAAGACUACAUUAAGCCUUUAUAAUCAUGA